AUGAGCAAUAACGCCAGUGUUAGUGUGAACAGUGGAUCUGCCGAGGCUGUCCGCAAGGAAUUGCCACAGAUUGUGCAGACCUCAUUGUUCGACGUUGGUUGCCGUAUUCGGAAAGCUGUUAAACACGGUUAUAGCUUUGAUCAAAAGCUUUUCCCUUCGUAUCAGAAGGAUGACACUUUACAGACAGAACUUCCCCAACAGAAGCACGACCCCUCUCUUAAGCUGUCUAACCUUAAGUCUGACUUGGCUGCCGAAUCCAUCUUCUGGGAUACGUCUUCAGUACAAUCCAUUGCCGACGACUUUGCCGAUCCCAAGUACAUGGCUAAGUAG